CAUAGUAUUUAGUGGAACCACAGGGGAAGGAUUUUAAGAUCUGUUUUGCCCUUGUAAGAAGUGCAAGGAAAGAAGUUCUAUUGAUAUGCGAUUAGAACGACAAUCUAUCAUCGGUGAUAAGCCCGAGGUCUCUAACAGAGGAACUGGAGAUGAUGGGUAGGAUGUCAAUAUUGAAAUUAUGCCUAGGAUUUUGUGUUCCUAUGUGGAGUAGUGACGUUUUGGUGGGAGCAAGCGGUAACUGAUUUUUUAAUUUUUCACUCUUUUCUAAUGACACGAUUCAUAUGGAAUCGUAUUGAAAUAAAUAAAUAAAUAAAUUUGAUGUACAGUGCCGGCCAAGGUGUUUAAUACUCUUAGGUUUUUUUUGGAAAAUGCUAUAGGCUGAAAUUCCAUGGGUUCGCCUUUGACCAAAAUAUGUCAAGUUGUUCGUUAAAAAGAGUUUGUUCAAUUUUCUAAUAUUUAUGUUGCAAAAACCUUGAAAGGAACACAAAACCAAAUACAGAUAGAAUAUUGGCUGGUUCUAAUGUUGUUGUGAACUUUUAAAAUAUAUGUGAUACAUUUUGAAAACUGAUUUCCAUUUUAAUACGGAAUGCAUAUGUAUACUAAAUUCUCGAUGACGAGUCGCCUUCUAUCUUCAUAUUGUUGUUUCCUACUGUUAGUUUGAAUUGCCUUCUAUCUAAUACAGUUUCCACCCCAUUCCUAGCUAAUUAAAUUUAAUUAGGUUCAAUUCUUGGAGUGUCAUUUCAUUGAUUUCUAUUCAACUUGUAGAAUAUUUUCUACUAUAUUUUUAUAAAUAUGUGGCCUUCCGAAUCUGAUCUUGAAUCUAUUGAUUCUUUAAUCGAUAGAAUGAAUCCAAUAACUGGGUUUCCGUACCCGAUGAAAUCUGCUGUGAACAAAGGAUUCCCAAAAAAUGCAGGGGAUCCAUGGAUUGGUAGAUAUACCAAAAAUGGAUACUGGUUUAAGUUAUCAUGGGGAGGAAACGAAGAAUGGAGAGAGAUGGCAAAUGAAAUGUGGUAUCGAAAUGAAUUUCUUGUAGAUUCAAGUAGUUUUCUGCUGUAUCAAAGACUAUUUGAAAACAACGAUGGGAAGCUCAAACUUCUCACCGCAAAAAACAUUCGUGGUGAAGUUUUGGGUCUCGUUUUACUUUCUGAAAGUAGUUCAUAUCGAUUCUCUACUAUUGGUCCAAUAUUUGUACAAGAAGACUUUCGUCAUAUUGGAAUUGGAUCAAUCCUGAUGGAAGAAAUACUCAAAAACACAGAUAAUAUUGUUUUCAACGCGAUUUCGUAUCUUCUACCAACUGUCAACAAAUUCAAUUUGCAACAAAGGACCAUGAGAAAAUUAGGAAGAGUUCGAGUGAAGAACUCAAGCGGAUUUGCUAAUUUAAAGGACAAAAAAUCUGGAAUAUCUCUUAAUUUCGGUUCAGACAACACUGAAGAUCAAUGGGAAAGGAUCAGAGAAUUUGGAGAAGAAUGUACAAAUGAAAGAAGAAAUUGGAAAGCAUUCUCCGAAAAAAGCGAUGAAAAUUGUCAAAUUGUCGCCGCAUUUGAUGAGAACACAGGAAGCUGCGUCGGAAUUUCAAUUCUUCGUGAAAUUCAAAAUGAAGAUGGCCACAUCCCUGACUUAUUAAUUGCUCCACUUCACGCAAAGUCUACAGCAAUUGCUGAAAUAUUACUACAAAAAUCAUUGAAAAAGCAUUAUAAUCCCGAAGACGACUAUGACUUUGAUGUGGACCAUCUUGCAAUUUAUCGUCGUUCUGUUAACUUUUUUAUCUUUUCAAAUUGUGAAUCAUUAAUGUUUCCGUUACUGAAAAAAUUAACUGGAAAUGAUGGAAGCAUGGUCAAAGAUCGAAUUUAUUUUCAAACUUGUUCCAAUUUUCAGUUACCGGCAAUUAAUCAUGAUAUGAUUUUUGCAGCUUCUGAUCCAACUGUUUUUCUAUGUUAAAUGGUGUAAUUCCAUUGUUGACACCACUAAACAUUCAAAAAAAAAUUCUGUUUCACCUUUCCCAUAAGUACCAACAAUGUAUUGUUACGAUAGUAUGUGAAGUUUUGGUGUUACACAAUAUUCAAAUGUUUUCUGAUUCAUUAUUUGUUAGUAUAGCCAAGUAUUAAACUCUCCCAUUCGAAUUUUAAAAUAUUUCUGAUCAAUUUCUUCAAAAAACGAAAAUUCGGAAAAAUAUAUAUAUACUGUUUCAACUUUUCAAUAAGUGCCAACAGUUUUAGAUUUUUUUAGUGUGUCAGUUUUAUUGUGGAAUUUUUAUUUGCAUAUAAUUAUAUCAAUGUAUUGAACAUUUCUGCAGAUACAAAGCUGUGAAGUUACAAAGCUAUCCACCAUAAAAUGCAUUACUUGUUU